AUGGUUGCUAUUGGGCAAAUGCCAGGAGAAGGCGCCAUGGAGAAAGAUGAGCAAGGAAAGCCUGAUGAAGGAAAGUCUACAUCAACUCAAGCUCCUCCUGACACAACAACAUCGACUCAACCUCCACCUACUACAACGACACAAGCUCCUAUUUUUACAUUGUCAACUACUACAAUUACUAUAACAGCGUCGGUGUCUACAACAACAGUAACGUCACCCCCAUUAAUACCAAAGAUUGCACCUGUAAUGACUCCUACUACUGAAAGGGUGACCAUUCAUAAUAUUGAGUCUGAUUCUGAUCAGGAGGAUCAACAACCUAUCAUACAAUUGGCACGAAGGAAGGUUGAGAAAAAGAAAAGAAAGCAAUCUGCUUGA